AUGUGGGAAAAUCUUGCUGGAUUUUGUACCGAUGGCGCUCCUGCUAUGCUCGGAUCACGUUUAGGUUUAGCUACAUUGGUAAAACAAAAAAAUCCAACCACAUUAACUACGCAUUGUAUUAUACAUCGUCAAGCGUUGGCGUCCAAAACAUUACCAAAAGAUCUAGCUUUUGCGAUGAAAAUAUCCAUACAGUUAGUGAAUGCUGUUAAAAAUAGUGCACUCAAUACACGUGUUUUUCAAAAAUUAUGUGCAAAUAUGGACGCUGAGUAUGAAACAUUACUAUUUCAUACUGAAACAAGAUGGCUUUCAAAAGGAAAUAUGUUGGCACGUUUAUUUGAGCUUCGAGAGGAGUUGAAGGUUUUUUUAAUCGAUAAAGGUAUGAACUAUUUACAUGAGCAACUUUGUGAGCCAAAAAUUGAAAUGCAAAUUGCAUAUCUUGCGGAUAUAUUUGGCCACUUAAAUCACCUAAAUUUGCAACUGCAAGGUUAUGGUAAUGUUAAACUUGAAGGUUCCGCAAAUAUUUUCGUAUUUGAAGAUAAAAAUAAUGUAUUAGAACACUUAAGAGUCCUUAAAGAGGAAUUUACCAGAUACUUUCCAGAAUAUGGUGUAGUAGACACUGAUGUUGUUAAGAAGUUAAUUCGUAAUCCUUUCACUGUCGAAGUCAACAAUGUUCAAGAAGAAAUGCAAGAUGAAUUAAUAGAUCUUCAGAACGACAGCAACUUGAAGAGUUCGUUUGAAUAUAGUACAAACUUAGAAGAGUUUUGGUGUAAAAAGGCCAUGGGAUAUCCAAACAUUCGGCAAACAGCAUUACGUUUCCUCAUAGUUUUUUCAACCACAUAUUUAUGUGAGCAAGGAUUUUCUUCACUAUUAUCUAUAAAAAAUAAACAACGAAAUCGUCUGAAUCCAAGUGAUGAUAUGCGACUGGCACUAAGCAACAGCAUCGUUCCAAGAAUUUCACAACUGACGCUCGAAGAUGACUGGAAUUUUCCUGAUAAAUGGAAACUGUAUUCUAUUACUCCAGUACUGAAAUCGGGGGAUGUAUCUCUAGUCUCCAACUACAGACCAAUCUCUAUUCUUUCCCACAUAGCCAAAUCAUUCGAAUCUAUAGUUCUUAAUAAUAUUCAACCAAGCGCCAACAGAUUGUAA